CAGACGUUGCGUGAGAUAGCCGGCCGCAUAUCUGUAUGUAGUGUGGGCUGUGGUUGGGGGUGUGGCAGGAGGCGUGGUAGGUACGGGGUACCUGGGGCCAACAGGAGCUAAGGCACCUGGGGAAGUUUAGCCGGCGCCAAGGAAGUGCUCUGUCUUUCUGCCCAGGUGUGUGAGCUGCACCGACGCAGAAACAGGUAGGCACAGGUUCAUGUCACCACCAGCCGCGGUCUAGCUUAUUAGCUCUCCAAGCAGGUGGACAAUAGUCUAUGUAUGACCAGGCACCUUAUCGCCUGCACCUCUGACCUGAUCAUCCCGCACCAGAGCUCUCCUUCGACGUCUCGCAGCACCUUUCUUUCCCUUCCCCUCUCUCGCAGGACGCUGAGAACUUCUUGUUAAACACAGCCCCUCUUGCGCCUUGUGUGCCCUCUUCACCAUGGCAUCGCGGACAGCCCGCGCCUUUGCUUUUGGGGCGCUUGCGCUGUCGGGCGCUGUCCUCGCCCAGAACUUCUCGUCGUCAUCUCCAGGCAUCGAUGCUCUCCGCGCGCAACUCGCCCUCAUGGACGACCGGCCCAAGGACUGCCCGCCAUGCUUCAACUGCCUGCUCCCAGCCUUCAGCUGUGCGCAAUAUGCCGACUGUAACUCGUACAACGGACAAUGUUCCUGCCCCGCUGGGUUUGGUGGCGUGGACUGUAUCGAGCCUCUCUGCGGUUCCUUGGCCCGAGGCAACGAGCACCGACAAAUGCGCGAUGGCAAAAGCUGCGAAUGCGAUGACGGCUGGGACGGCCUUAACUGCAACGUGUGUACCGACGAUAGGGCGUGUAACGCCCUGAUGGAGACACAAGAAGGGGGCGUCUGUUACCAGAUGGGCAACGUCCUGAAGAACAACUACCAGAUGUGCGAUGUCACAAACGAGAAGAUCCGCGACCUACUGGGGGAACAAAUACCCCAAGUCACAUUCACAUGCGAUGCUUCGGAUUCCAGAUGCGACUUCCAGUUCUGGGUCGACAAGAGGGAGUCCUUCUACUGUACCUUGGGCCAGUGCGACUCGGCCUACGACUUCAGCGACUCCUCCCAGAACAAGACCUCGUACAACUGCAAGACUGUCGAAUGCUCUUGUAUACCCGACCGGAUGCUCUGUGGCGAAAACGGGAGCGUCGAUAUCUCAGACUUCUUGACCGAGGAGAUCAAGGGUCCCGGCGCUUUCAAGUGCGCACAGGUCAAGGGCGGCGCAAACAAGUGCAGCUUCGAGGAGCCCGCAAUGAACGACCUGAUCAACCAGAUGUUUGGUGACUCGAGCAUCACCUUGACGUGUCAUUCUGGAGAAUGCGUGCACUUCUCCGAGCUGCCCGACUAUAAGCCGUCCGUUCCCAAGAUCAACACACCCCUCAUUGCUGGGGUUAUUGCCGGCUGUGCCCUGUUCCUGGUUGCCGUCAUUGUUCUGACCUGGUACUUGUCCCGGCGCUCUUUCAAAUACGGCCCCAUCCAUCUCGACGACUCGGAUGACGAAGGUCUGAAGCUCAUGGCAGACCACAAGCCUGCAGCGUUGCAGUUCGAGGAGGUGUCGUAUACCCUCAACGGCAAGCAGAUCCUUGACUCAAUUCGAGGUGUCGCAUAUCCUGGGGAGCUCACUGCUAUCAUGGGCGCUUCCGGGGCCGGCAAGACAACAUUUUUGGACCUUCUCGCACGUAAGAACAAGCGAGGAGCUGUCAUGGGUGAUUUCUUCGUUAAUGGGGAGAAGGUCACCGACGCGGACUUCAAGGCAGUGGUCGGGUUCGUUGAUCAGGAAGACACCAUGCUGCCAACUCUGACAGUCCACGAGACCAUAUUGAACAGCGCUUUGCUGCGACUGCCCCGCGACAUGACCCGCGCCGCGAAGGAGCAAAGAGUCACCGAAGUCGAGAAACAGCUUGGGAUCUACCACAUCAAGGACUCCCUCAUCGGCUCCGAAGAAGGCAAGGGCCGGGGAAUUUCAGGUGGUGAGAAGCGCCGGGUCGGCAUUGCCUGUGAACUGGUCACCAGUCCCUCCAUCCUCUUCCUCGACGAGCCUACCAGUGGUCUGGAUGCAUACAAUGCCUUCAAUGUUGUCGAGUGUCUUGUGACCCUUGCCAAGGACUUCAAGCGAACCGUCAUUUUCACUAUUCACCAACCGCGAUCAAACAUUGUUGCCCUCUUUGAUAGGCUCAUCCUGCUCGCCCAAGGCAGAACGGUCUACUCCGGCCCGUUUGCGCAGUGCCAGGACUACUUUGACCAUAUUGGAUUUCCUUGCCCGCCUGGUUUCAACAUCGCUGACUACCUGGUCGACCUGACUAUGCACGCCGGCGCCGCGACAACCUUUGAUGACGGCACCAUAUCUGUUGAUGCCGCCAGUCUCGGGCCGAGCAGCGUCCGAGGUGUCAAGUCUAUCGCCAGCGUAUCGAACGUCAGCAUCGGAGAGGAUAGCGGCGUCGAAUCCUCGUCUUCUCGACCCAAGAACAAGCGCCGGGACUCGGUCAAAGCAAGGCUGGAGCGGGAGCUCUUUACACGCCGCCAGACCAACGCGGAAACUGCUGCUUCAUCAGAUGGCGAAGGCGAGACGAACGCUUAUAAGCUUCACAGGCAGCCGGCUGCUCACGUCCCUCCCCAGAUCAUCGAGGAUCCACACGACCUUCCACCUGCGGCAAGUGGCGGCACGAAUCUCGACAUCUUGGUGAACUCAUUCGCAGAGUCUGACAUUUCCGGCACGACACAUGAUGAGAUCCAGCAGGCAGUUGCCAGCGCCGAGAAUGCCAAUGGGCGCAACUCCAACGGCUACAGUGUCGACGGUGCGAACAUCCACACCAGCGUUGUCGGUAAAGGAUACGCUCGCAUUGGAUACGGCCGCCAGUUUGUCAUCCUGUCCCAGCGCACGUGGAAGAACCUUUACCGCAACCCCCUGCUGAUGUUGACACACUACGCCAUCGCUAUCCUUCUUGGAGUGCUUUCUGGUUAUCUCUUCUAUGGACUGACCGAGGACAUUCCCGGGUUUCAGAACCGGUUGGGUCUCUUCUUCUUUGUGCUUGCCCUUUUUGGAUUCAGCACUUUGACCAGCCUCAACGUCUUCUCGUCAGAGAGGCUACUGUUCACAAGAGAGCGUGCGAAUGGCUACUACUCGCCUGUCACUUACUUCGCCUCCAAAGUCCUGUUCGACAUUGUCCCGCUGCGGAUCAUCCCGCCAAUCUUGAUGGGCAUCAUCAUUUACCCAAUGACGGGGCUGAAGGCAGAUGCCGCACACUUCUUCUUCUUUCUGCUCGUGCUGGUCCUCUUCAACCUCGCCGCCGCCGCCAUCUGCCUCUUCAUCGGUAUCGUGUGCAAGGACAACGGUGUUGCAAAUCUGAUUGGCAGCUUGGUCAUGCUGUUCAGUUUGCUCUUCGCUGGCCUGCUUCUCAACGCGCAAAAGAUCCCUGAUGGUGCCAAAUGGCUUCAGUGGCUGUCGAUCUUCCACUAUGCCUUUGAGUCACUCAUUGUGAACGAGGUCAGCAAACUGACACUGGUGGACAAGAAGUACGGCUUGGACAUCACGGUACCUGGCGCCGCCAUUCUCAGCUCCUUCGGCUUUGACAACGGCGCCAUGUGGAAGGAUGUGAUCUGCCUGGGAGCCUAUGCGGCCGGCUUUGUUGUGCUGGCAUACGCCGCGAUGCACAUACUGCUGGUAGAGAGACGGUGAUCGUCGUUGGGUCGUUAGGGCGGCUGGCAAAGAAAAAGGAGGAUUAGCUGGGUUCCAAAGCCUGUUGAGCCAACAGACAAGCGUUCAUUGCACACGGUCGCUGAAUCUGCCCGAACAACAAUCGCUGCCUAGACCAUACUGAUUCAAUCAACUCGCUCUUCAAACACGAGUCUGGGCGACUUAUGCCCGAAUUUCCCUUUUCGUACUGCAUCGGAUCAGAGGCGUUAGGAGGCAUUUGUGGGUUCAUAGCUAGCAACGGGGACGUCGGAUUACAUUUGAUACGUUUCCCAUGUACACCAAUUUACUGACAAAGAUGUCAAACAUCUUGAGUGCAUUGCUAUUGUACAAGUCCAUCUCUCCCGGGCAAGAUCCCCAAUUUUUUGCCUUGCUGUGACUGUGUCUUUUACCGCUUCCCGUCGCCCCCAGCAGAGACAGCGCCGCCAGUAAGCUCGCCAGCGACCAUCUUCUGGCGAUGCGUGGUGAACUGGAUUCCAGUCUCGCGGGCGCCAUCGACGACCGACCUGCUCGUGCCCUUCAUGGCGGCAAACAGGUGCCUGACUGGCGUAGGCGAGCCGUGCUUAUCCCAAAUGUUCUCGGCGAGCGUCUUGCCCUGCCAGACACCCGUGCCCUUAAAGUAGCCGUCGCUGAAGAUCUCCUCGACCCGCUGCGCCAGCUGGUCCUCGCUGACGAUGAAGCGGCCCGCCUCGACGUACAGCCUCUGGAUGGCGUCCUUGCGGGCCUCGGACCGCGCCUGCUGCAGCGCCGCCGUGCGCGCCUGCGACUCGAGCUGCCUCUCCCGGUACAGCGGGUCGCGGGCGACCCUGGUCUCGAGCGUCGCCUGCGGCACGGUGCCGCGCGUGAAGACGUCGUCGAGGCCCUCGGGCGCGUUGGCGGCGGCCAGGUUGCGCUGGCGGUGCGACUCGGCGCGCUGCCUCGCGCGGCCCUCGCGCGUGUUCUUGCGCGCCCACAGCCCGCCGAUGCCCGCCGC